CAAUUGCUAGCUCAUACACACCUACCUCUCUCUCUCUCUCUCUCUCUCUCUCUCUCUCUCUCAUGGGUGCUCAUCGGCAAUUCGAGCCGGUCUCCAAAUGUAGUACCGAGGGAAGAACGAAUCAUACGGUGGCAGCAGACUUAGAUGGCACGCUCCUCGUGUCGACAAGCGCUUUUCCCUACUUCCUCCUCGUUGCCCUAGAAGCCGGUAGCCUCAUAAGGGCAUUAGUCCUUUUAGUAUCAGUCCCAUUUCUAUACUUAACAUACUUGUUCAUAUCCGAAUCCAUCGCUAUCCAAUGUUUCAUCUUCAUUGCCUUUGCUGGACUCAAAAUUAGAGACAUUGAGCUUGUUUCAAGGUCUGUCCUGCCCAAAUUCUAUGCCGAGGAUGUCCACCCGGAGACUUGGAGAGUGUUCAAUUCCUUCGGCAAGCGAUACAUAAUCACCGCUAAUCCCAGGAUUAUGGUUGAACACUUUGCCAAGAAUUUUUUAGGGGUUGAUAAGGUUAUUGGGACCGAAUUAGAAGUGUCCAAAUCUGGAAGAGCGACCGGGUUUGCUAAAAAACCCGGUGUUCUGGUAGGAGAGCAUAAGAAAUCGGCUCUUCUCAAAGAAUUUGGCAAGAAUUUGCCGGAUUUGGGAUUGGGAGACAGAGAGACUGACCAUGACUUCAUGUCCAUAUGCAAGGAGGGAUACAUGGUGCCAAAAACAAAAUGUGAGCCACUACCAAGAAACAAGCUACUAAGUCCAGUCAUUUUUCAUGAAGGCCGUUUGGUUCAAAGGCCUACCCCUCUUGUUGCCCUCUUGACCUUCCUAUGGAUGCCGAUAGGCAUCGCUCUCUCUAUCAUUAGGGUUUAUUUGAACAUCCCAUUGCCAGAGCGAAUCGUAAGGUACACCUACAAAAUCCUCGGAAUCAAGCUCAUCGUAAAAGGCACCCCUCCACCGCCCCCUAAGGCGGGCCAGAGCGGUGUCCUCUUCAUUUGCAACCAUCGCACGGUGUUAGAUCCCGUUGUCACCGCGGCCGCCCUAGGAAGAAAAAUCAGCUGUGUCACAUACAGCAUAAGUAAAUUCUCUGAACUAAUAUCACCCAUUAAAGCUGUGGCAUUAUCGAGGGAGAGAGAUAAAGACGCGGCUAAUAUCAAGCGAUUGCUUGAGGAGGGCGAUUUAGUCAUAUGCCCCGAAGGGACCACUUGUCGCGAGCCAUUUUUGCUUCGAUUCAGUGCACUUUUUGCAGAGCUUACUGAUCGGAUCGUACCUGUUGCAAUCAACACUAAGCAGAGUGUUUUUUAUGGAACGACUGUUCGCGGGCACAAAUUAUUGGAUCCUUAUUUCGUGUUCAUGAAUCCGAUGCCAACGUACGAAAUCACAUUUUUGAAUCAAUUGCCAGCGGAGCUGACUUGCAAAGGCGGCAAAUCUGCGAUUGAGGUUGCGAAUUAUAUUCAGACGGUGCUUGCUGGGACAUUAGGGUUUGAAUGCACUAAUCUCACUAGGAAGGAUAAGUAUGCCAUGAUGGCUGGGACUGAUGGCAGAGUGCCAAACAAGAAAGAGAGUUCUUCAAAAUGAAAUGAAACGAAACGAAAAUGCAAAAUGUGAUCUCUUUUUUUCUCCUUAUUGUUUUUUUUUCUUUUUCUUUUUCUUUUUCUUUUUUUUUUAAUUUCAUAUAUUGUGAAACUUUAUUGAAACAAAUAAUGUGGAUUGUUGUUAUUAUAAGUUUUUAUAUAAUAACAAUUUCAUAUGCAUCUAUCUAUACUAUUUAUCUAUC